CUGCUCUCUGGGCUAGCCUGGAGAACCUCGUAGAAGAAAUGACAAGCUGCUGUAUCAAAGUAGGUCCUCAUGUAUCAUUACGCGCAAGGGUGCUUCUCGGCGCGCGUGUAUCGAGCCACACUUCUCAUCACGUCCAGGUCUAUGCUCUUGAGACCGUUCUCAAGCUAAAACGAGACCCUACCAGCCAAAUCGUUUUUCUGGAUGAGGCGAUGAAGGUUCGUGCGGCUCCAUCGCAGUCGGUUCGCCGGUAUUAAAGGGGAAUUUGCCUCAUCUAUCAAAGACUGCGACUUUGAUCGCUGCCAUUCGUAGACGCUCGAAAACAAGCCACGCGCUA